GGAAGCGGUGCUCGCUUGACGCACCGCGUGGAGGCCUUGCUGGCUGGCGGUGCCGAGUUCUGGCUUGCGGUCGGACCCGUCGCGGCCGACCCCUUCGUGGGCUGUCCCGUCUGAGCACUCCGUCUCAUUUCGGGAUAACCACGGCCCGCUGGGCGCUGCGCUAUUGACGUGGCCCAACGGCUUCCAUGCAGCUGCUGGGAAGUUUGCAGGUGAUGGUGCCCUUCAGGACCAAAGCGUCCUCGAGGACCCUGUUAUACUCUGCGGCUGCCAUCUCACUUGUGGGUGGGCUAUUAUUCAUCUAUGGGAAAGGCAUUGAUUCGCCCAUGAUGCCGAUAGCAGCAGGGGAUUCCGAUGUUGUCCAAGUCGUGUCAAAUCAGGAAGAACGCCAUAUGACUAUGAAACUUGCCUGUGAUGCUACCAAGUCUCUGCGGCCUGACGAAGAACUUGAAUAUCUCAUCCAACAUUCCAAGUUUCUAGAUCACAUAAUCGUCAACGAAGAUCACAAACUACUCUACUGUUACAUUCCGAAGGUGUCCAGCACCCAGUGGAAGAAGGUGAUGGGCGUGCUGUCGGGUACGCUGCCGGACCGGCCACUGAACGAGAUCUUAGGACGCGCGCCGCAUGAGCGCGGCGUGCACCGCUUCCUCUCCGACUUUCCCCUCGCCGAGGUGCGGAACCGGUUGGCUACCUACACUUCGUUCCUCUUCGUGCGGCACCCGCUCGAACGGCUCGUGUCCGGCUACGUCAACAAGUUCGCCAAGGCCGGGCCGGACGGCUACUUCAACCGCCUUUUCUCGGCAGAGAUCAAGAGGCAGUUCGGGGACGGCCAGCCGGCCAGCAACACUUCUACCGUGACGUUCGACAGCUUCGCGCGCUGGGUUUCCAAUCCGCACCCGAAAAACGUGCUGGGCGCACGCAACGAGCAUUGGAAACCCAUGGUAGACCUGUGCCACCCGUGCGCCGUCAACUACACGAUAAUCGGGAAGAUGGAGACGCUAGCGGAGGAUGCGCGGCUCGUGCUGCGCUCCGCUCGCGUCACAUCUGUCGCCUUCCCCGCCGGCUUCCGUUCAAGGACACACGACACUGCGGCUGACCUUUUCAGCUCGCUAGAACCGGACGUGCAGCGUCAUGUGCUGAGGCUAUACUUCGAGGAUUUGCUCGUGUUUGGGUACCGACCAUCGGAUUUGUAUGUGGCCAACACGACGGCGCAUAUGAACAGCCGAAUCAUGUUCGAGAGUCUGUUGGUUUAGUCAGGGGGGCUAGAUGGUUGAAUCGAAGAUUUCGUGUGAUAAUUAACUGUGGGUAAGUACAUUUCACUAGUUGCGUUUCCCAUGUGCGGAGUCUUGCCAGCCAGUAGAAGCGGACAUGUUUCCACCAGUCUAGCCGUUAAACUUGCUGUUGCUCCCUGUCUGUUUUGUCUUUCUGAUCGUUGUGAAUGGGUCAACACGCUAGCAUGUGUCCGUGACAAUUAUUCAGCUGGAGUCAGAUUUUGUCUACCGGAGGAACGCUGGGAAUGCUCCUGGUUUUCUUCUUGUCUGCUGUCUGAUAAGAUGCUCAUCGACAAUUAUAUUUCAAACGGAUCAA